UCAUUACCGAUUCCUGGAGACAUGGUGUUCUGGGGAGCUGCUGCUUUCUGACUAGUGGCCACUCUGAUGCUGAGCUUUCCAUUUAAGGACGUAGUCGAGCUUGGACUAACCUGAAGACCUGGAACCCAAAAUGAACUGGGCGUCUUUUUAUGCCGUUCUUGGCGGCGUCAACAGGCACUCCACUGGGAUCGGCCGCAUCUGGCUUUCUGUCCUCUUCAUCUUCCGGAUCAUGAUCUUGGUUGUGGCAGCAGAGACGGUGUGGGGCGAUGAGAAGUCGGGCUUUACCUGCAACACCCAGCAGCCUGGCUGCAACAGUGUCUGUUAUGACCAGUUCUUUCCCAUCUCUCAUGUGCGUCUUUGGUCCCUGCAGCUUAUCCUGGUUUCCACCCCAGCCCUUCUUGUUGCUAUGCACGUAGCUCACCGGCGACACAUGGAUAAGAAGAUUCUCCGACUGUCAGGGCGCUCCAGCAGCAAAGACCUGGAGCAAAUCAAGACCAAAAAAAUGAAAAUUACUGGAGCCUUGUGGUGGACCUACAUGAUCAGUGUCAUUUUCCGUGUGCUCUUUGAAGCUGCUUUCAUGUAUAUCUUCUACAUGAUCUACCCGGGCUACAAGAUGUUUCGACUGGUCAAGUGCGAUUCUUACCCUUGCCCCAACACUGUCGACUGCUUUGUGUCGCGGCCCACUGAAAAAACCAUUUUUACAAUCUUCAUGCUGGUAGUGUCCGGUGUCUGCAUCCUCCUGAAUAUUGCAGAGAUUGUCUACUUGAUUGCCAAGGCUUGUUCGAGAAGUGUGAGGGACACAGAGUCCGGCCCUUUCUAUGGUCAGAAGUUCUCUGGAUACAAAGAAGGCCAGGGUGACCAGCUCCUGUCGGACCACGCUGCUCUGAGCAAGAUGAGGAGGAACCCCGGGUCCGAUAAGUGGGAGAGAUGCUCUCCAUCUUAGACUACGUACCGCCUGCGGUUGGUGGUUGACGCCUUGUCCCUAUUCUCACCCAUUUAAUCAAAGCUUGAUUACUGUUUUUUGUUUUUUGUUUUUUUUUUUAACUUUUCUUAAAGCGGGUAAACGCUCCACAUCUUGUGCGACCAGAAACCUUAAGUAGCACCACUUGACACACAAGCUUAUAGAGAGAUUUACAAGUCCACUUGUCAUUGCCAGUUUAGCCCCUUUAACGUUUUUUUCUUAACUAUGCCCGCUGACGUGACAUGAAAAUUUCAGCUGGAUAGCCUCGAUUUCAAGUUCAAAAUCGAGUGCAUCGCCACCAGGGACUAGUGUGCAAUAUCAGUUCCAGUGAAAAUAAACAGUGCUUGCUGGAGAGUUGGCUACACCAGCUGCGUUUAAGAGACAACUUCAUAUUUCUAAACUGUGAACAGAAUCAAAAGCGACGCUGGUUGAACCAUUCUGUGUGCUCUGGGAGAGGCUCGGUGGACUGCAAGAAGGAGACGCAUUAGCGAUGUUUUAGGCCGGAGUGGCUUAUCUUGGGCAUAUUUCAGAUCUGUAGAAGAAGGGAAGGAGCCAGGCUGAGUUCUUGUGCCUCACCAUCCUCUUGCUACACUGUUUACUUCUGUAUCAGAAAAGCCUGAACUUGCAGGCCCCAUUCUGAGGUCCACAUCCAGCUGGGCACUCCGUAAUCCGCUCCGACUCGCACUUCAGCCACGGGUGUUGGACUCCUUGAGGACUCUCGAGGUGGGGCGGCCUUUUGUUGGUUGCGUGUGUGUUUUUUUGUUUUUUUUUUUUGCUUUCCACUUAAAUUAACUGUAGCGAUCCUUUCAAAGCUGUGCUCAGCCAAAAUGGUUUAAUUUUCUUUGUAUUCCUACUUAAUUGGUCUCUCCUACGUGAUCUUUUAAAAUGGCACAUCUGAAUAUUUAUUUAUUUUCAACCAGCUGCACAACAGGCGAGACACCCUGACCGCCUACAGGACUUUUUUGUAGUUUGUAGUGAAAUGAGGGCCAGCACAGUCACUACCAGGUUUUCAGGGUACUCUUCCACUACCA